UCAAACCCACGCGCCUCCCGUUAUAACCCGCAUUUUCAACAAGAUUUACGAAGUCAAAUCGUGAUUAUAUUGAAAAAGUUCACGCGUAUUAAUUCAUAUAAUUUUGGAAAUGUUUAUAGAGAGGUAUUAACAUUUAAACUGUUUGAUAUAUCAUUGAUAUACAGUGAUGAAUUGCCCCUGGAUGGAGGUUGAACAGAAAUUAAUUACAGCGGUGUUAAAGGGCACUGAUACAGUCAAAUAGUACACGCGCUUUGAAUAUUGCAAUUUGAAUCACGAUGUAUACAUAAAAAGUGCUAAAUAAAGUGUUUAUUCAUAUAAAAACGGAUUGGCCGAUCAACUUGGUUUUUUUAUUUGAUUAACUACAGAGCUGGCAUGCCAAAAUGGCGACGACGUUUGCGAUAACCGGCAUUCACAGGUCAAGCUUGAAACAUUACCGUCCAAGUUAUAUUAGUGACCUGCCGCCCAUUUACGAGGACGCCGUGCAACGUCAACGAAUUCCUGCCAGCGUUCCAGUGCCCGACAAUGACGACUAUGUAUACGUGCCAAGUUACAUGCCAAAUGGCAGAUAUUACAAGCAGCAUGACAGACGCGUGAAUUCCGUGCACGAUUAUGAAGAGAUUGACGCAGAGACUCUGUCACGUGUCAACGCUAUGCCACCUGGUUCCAUUACAAAGACUGAAAAAACGUCCAUGCUCAACGGUAUAAUGAGUAAUAGGUUUCAGUUAAAAAAUACAAUUCUAAACAACAACGUAGAAAAUGGCUGUGAUAGUGCAACUGUAUGGCACACCGAUGAACUUGCUAAAAACGGAGAGCAAAAAUCUCAACUACGGAGGAAAAGUACAGUAUAUCAGGGACAUUCGUUAACAAAUGGUGAGAACAUAACUAUCAAAACUAACGCCGAGACCACGGCAGAACUGAAUCCGAACAAAGACUCAAGUUGGCAGUGGCCAAAAUUUAAACCCGAUACUUUCAUAGAUCCACAUUUUUGGUGUCCAGCCGAGAAAAAGCUUCAGAAGCGAUGUUUUGCUGUGUGCUUUGUAUUACUAUUAAUGAUUAUUGCUAUCUUUGUGAUUGUCUCCCUUGAUGGCUGGUUUUAUAAAGCACGUGGCACGGGUAUGCUACCGGGCAAGGAAACACCAAUUCUUUUCGGCUCUUCACCGCCGAUAUUCACCUCCGAUAACAUGACAGACAUCCGUCAAGAUCAUUCUAAUUUAACCGCAAUCUAAUUGUAUAAUUG